AAAUGUAAUUCAGCGAAGAAAUAAACAAAUCAAAGUUGGUCAAAGCAUAUUAAAAACCGUCCUCAUCAGUAUUGAAUGACUAGCACACGCUGCUGAACACGAAGGAAUUGGAAGAGCACGCGCAAAGCGCCAAAACACUCGGAAGUCGAAGCUUUUCAUGGAGGACUUUAGCAGCAUAAAGCCGAAUAGUUCGGUUGUAAAGCUAGCCGCUUGUCUGGAGAAGAUCUACAAUAAAAUUGUCGAAUCUAAGGAAAAGGUGCCCGAACAUCAAAUCAAGGAAAUCGAGUUCCUCAAAGCCCAAUGCAAGCACGAACACAUGCAGCUCAGCCUGAUGAGCUGUCAGACGCUGGUGCGCCUCGUCGACGAGGCUGUCCUAGAUGCCAACAGCGUACAAAACACGCUCCUGUCAAUGCUGCCCAAUGCAGGACCGAUGCAUUUUGCAAUUAUUACGGAGAGCAUUCUGGGGCUGCAGCUGUUGAGUUUGAAGCGCAAGACAUCGUUGCUUAAGGACGGGGAGUCGUAUCAGUGUCCGUAUGGCUUGAAGACGCAGCUUCAUCCAUUGAUAUCGCUGCUCCAGCAUAAUAGCGCCAACAUGCAUGACGUGAGCAACAAGAUAAUUGGCAUCUGCCAACACCACGACAAGAACAUUCGGGACUACAGCAUCGAGUAUCUGCGUCCCGUAUUUCUCUAUGUGCUGUGCAAUCCGCAGACGCUGCACGAUGUGAAGCCCAUCUGGACAUGUUUGCUUGGCCUGAGCAACAGCCAGCCAGAGGCGCGUGCCCUGAUGCAAGAGCUGCUGUCGUGGAGCAAGUUCAACAAUGCCAGCACCUGUCUGUGCACCAGCAUUCUGGUCAUCGAGGCCAUCGAUUACUUUCUGCAACAGUCGGAUUACGCCCAGUCCAUUGAUCUAUGCAUUUACCAGGCGCAGCUCAUCAAGCAGUUGGCCCACUUUGGCAUCAAUCCGCGUCCCAGUCUGCAGUGCCUGUUGCGUGUGUUGCAUGCCACGCGAGAGCAUACACGCCAUCAUUAUCAUGUACUGCUCGUCCUCCUCGCCGAGUGUCUGCACAUUUUGUCCCCCUUUUAUUUGACAGAUCUGCUGCGCAUCAUUGUGUUUGUGGUGGUGCAGGAGCGCUGUGGCCAUGAAUACAUUCUGAACAUGUGUCUGGACGGCAUUAUUCAGUGGAUGUCUCAGACUGCAUUCAUACCUGCAGAGGGCCUGGCGCUAGCCCAUCAAAUUGUCGAUCGCAUCCUGGAGCUGCAAAAGCCGCCAGUUGAUGGCAACGUGGAGUUCGCGACUCCCAUUUGCACGAAGGAACUGCAGCCGGCGCACAUUCGCAACUAUCAUCCGGACAUUGCGAUUGCCUUCGAUCUGGCCAAUCUGGUGGAGUCGUUUGACACAUCCGAAAGCCAGGAUGUGUUUGCCUUUGUCGAUGCCUUGAACGUCAAGGCCAAUACGGCCUUUUGCCAGCGUCUGCAUCUGUUUCUGCGGGCGCUCUUCCUCUCUCGUGAACCGCCCGUCGACUGCUGGUUCAAGAUUUACGAGGUCAUAUUGCAGAUCAUCAAGGUGAACGAGACCAUUGCCUAUGAUUUUCUCAUGACAUACAUCUUCAAGCUUGCCCACGAACACAAUCCAGAACUGCAGCUGGAACUGAUGCGUGGUCUGCCAAGCUUUGCCGUCUCCAAGGACAAUGUGCCCAUGAUACUGAACACUAUUCGCAAUCUGUCAACGGAUAACGGCACCUUCUGUGUCGAUUUGUAUCUGCGUCUGUGGCGCGUCGAGGUACGCACCUAUCCCUUUCUGCUGAAGCAAAUCGCACAGCCGCUGCCGGACAGCGACAAACGCUGGGAGACGGAAAUAGCGCGAACGCAUGCCAUGCGCGAAAUCUGCCAGGAGAAACCCACGCUACAUGGCUCUGAGUUGCUGCCACAUUUGAGCAACACACUAAACAGCUGCACGGAUGAGUCGGGUGACUUGGCUACAUCCUUGGCGCUUGACGCAAUUUAUGCGCUAUGCGACAGUCAUACGGUAAACAUUGCAUCCACUUGGCAAGCGUUGGGCAGCAAGUUUCGGAGCGAGCAGCGCCCGCAGACGCUGAAGUCACUUUAUCACCUGUUUGGACUGGUGCCGCUGCUGCAAACACCAACGCUGGAAUAUGAGAAGCUGGCCGAUGAUGCACUCGAGCAGCUGUGGCAGGCAGUUAGUCGUCCAAAUACGGAUGCCACCCACGUGCGCAAUGCACUCGUCGCCCUAAAGAGUUACGAACCGGGCAACACGCUCAUUCUUCGCCACAUUCCGCCCCAGUUUCGGUUUGAGCUUGUUGGCGGAGGGCAUGCAGUAGGCGUGACGGGGUCGGGUGGUCGAGAGGUGGUCAAUUUACAGCAACAGCAAGAGUCCAUACCGGGUGAGGUGUGGGUGCAGCUAUUGCAAAAGAUACGACCCGAGUGCGGCGAUGCGGCUGCCGAUCUAGUGGCCCAUUAUAUUGGCAAUGAGAUCAGUGGCUUUCGCAGCGGUGUCUAUCGCUUGCCCGAGGGCAAACCAGAGCCGCGCAAGCUGGUGGGUCUCCUUGCCACCAGUCCACUGCGAGCCGUCAGCAAUUACCUGGUGAAUCAGUCGAGAUUCGGCGACUAUGUUCCCGAACCGUAUGCGGUCACGUAUGCGUUGCGCGCACUCUCCAAGAGAUUCGCCAAGCCGAUACCACCAUUGGACUGGAGCUGUUUAACCAGCUUCUUUCAUCUAUCGUUCGAUGCACGCAAAUACUGCAUCAUGUUGGCCAAAAAUCAGGCGCUGCACAGCGGCACCGCGCGCCGCCUGCUGGAGAAUUUCCUCGCCGACUUCGAGCCGAAUUGUUUUGAGGAAGAUCUGCUGUUGUUGUUCUCCCUGCUGCCGGAGAUCGCCAACAGCGUCAGCCUGCAAAUACUCAAGAGCUUUGCCGAGAAGGUGGCCGUCUAUUGCUUUAAAGAAUCGCAGCUAAACGAUUUUGUUGAGGGCUGCCUGUUUGAGAAGUUUUUGGACAGUGUCAAGUAUAUUUAUACGGACAAGUGUGAGAUACCCGAGGUGCUGGACGUGUUCACGCUGAUUGUGGAGCGUUACAUGGACUCCAUGAAUCUGGAUUCGAGAUUAUUUGAGCGCUACACCGAAGUCGUUGCCGUCCUGCAUCCCAAUGCCAUUGAUGGUCUAACCACGCCCGCCAAUUGGUGGGAAACACCAGUUGGCAAACUGAAGAAGGCAACCAUAAUCCGCUGCUAUCUGGUGCUGUAUAACGAGAAACUGCCGAAUCCAUUGAAAUGGCUAACGCCCAUCAUCGAUGCGUACGAGCGUCGAGCGGAGGAACGUGCCUUCUUUUAUCGGCAUUUGGCCACAACGCUGUAUGCAUUUGGCAGCGAUGAGCAUGCCUGCAACUGGAUUAUGGAAAUCUUCUUGGAGAUUCAAAUGCUGCUCGCCGAGGCAUCCAACAAGGAGAAACUCAAUAGAGCUUUGUAUUUGCUGGACAUUUUCAUAUUAGCCGUGGAUGUGUUGUCUGGCUGUGCGGUGCUUCUGGGCAGUGUGGAUGUUGUUGCCACCGAUGGCAAGGAGCGAUUUGCUCUGUUCCCGGAGAGCCUCCAAUUCCUUUGUGAUCACAUCUUUUGGAAGGAUCAGGAGGCUAAGAUUUACGAAUUCCUUUAUAAUCUUUAUAAGCAUGCGUCAAUACCUUUAACAUAUGCUGCCAUUUUCAAGCAAGCGAUUAUUUGUUCACGGAACAAACCGUACUUUGAUAACAAGGGUGUUUGGACCAAAUACGUAGGUCUGCGUAAAUGAUUUGACCCCACUACACCGGAUCAUAAAGUGCACUUAUUGUUAUAGUUGAAAUUAAAUUCAGUUGAUUUUUAUAGCUUCUUGUGCGAA